GCAGCAGGUGCCUUGAGCCCAGCACGUGUCGUGGGUCCCGUCCUCCCUGUGGCUCUGUGCCAUGGUGCUGCCUGGGUGGGAUCUAGAUCCAGGGAGCCCAGAAUGGGGGAAGCAGCUGAUCCCCGUGCCGGGACCGGCCAGCCCCUCUCCUGCUCACCUCUCUCCUCUCUUCCCCAGGCUGCUGGAUGCAGAGAACAGUGGCUGUUGUGGGUGGUGGGAUCAGUGGCCUCACUGCCUGCUACCACCUGGCCAAGAGCCCCAAUGCUCCCAAGAUAAUCCUGCUGGAGGACAGUGGCCGCCUGGGUGGCUGGCUCCAUUCCACUCGUGCUGAAGAUGGGGCCAUAUUUGAGCAUGGCCCCAGGGGGAUCCGACCUGCCGGCACCGUGGGGAAGAACACUCUGCUUAUGGUCUCCGAACUCGGCCUGGACGCAGAUAUCCUUCCGGUGCCUGGUGACCACCCAGCGUCCAAGAACCGUUACCUCUACGUGAGUGGGGCGCUGCACAAGCUGCCGUCUGGCAUUGGUGGUGUUCUGCGGACGGUGCCGCCCUUCACCAAGCCCCUGCUCUGGAGUGGGCUGCGGGAGCUGACAGUCCCCCGGGGCACUCAGCCAGAUGAGACCAUCCACGGUUUUGUGAGCCGCCGCUUCGGAAAGGAGCUGGCCGACAUUGCCAUCGACAGCCUGUGCCGGGGGGUGUUCGCUGGAGACUGCCGGGCCCUGAGCGUGCGCUCCUGCUUCCCUGUGCUGUUUGAAGCGGAGCGGAGGCGGCGCUCCGUCAUCCUGGGGAUGGCCCUGGGCGGAGGGAAGGGCCCUGCCCUGGACUCGGCACUGAGCCGCAGGGCCCAGCAUGAGCGCUGGAGCCAGUGGUCGCUGCGAGGGGGCAUGGAGACGCUGCCCGAGGCCCUGCAGGACUUCCUGAGCCGGCGUGGGGUGGAGAUUCUCUGCCACGCCCGCCUGCGGUGCCUGGAGAGAACAGCACCUGAGCGCUGGCAGAUCACCCUGGAGGACGGCAGCCUGAGCGCAGACCACGUGAUCAGUGCCAUCCCGGCCAGAGCUCUGGCGGCGCUGCUCCCCAGCUGGGCUGAGCCGCUCGCCCAGGAGCUGCGCAGCAUUGAGGCCGUGUCGGUGGGUGUGGUGAACCUGCAGUACGAGGGUGCCACGCUGCCCAUCAUGGGAUUCGGGCAUCUGGUGCCCUCGUUUGAAGAUAGCUCCCUGCUGGGCAUUGUCUAUGACUCGGUUGCCUUCCCGGAGCAGAAUGGCACCGGUGGCCCUUCCAUCCGGCUCACGGUGAUGCUGGGCGGUGCGUGGUUUGCACAGGCCUUUGGGGACCCGGACACGGUGCCUCAGGCCAUGCUGCUGAGCCGUGCCAAGGAGGCGGUGAGGGUGCACCUGGGCAUAGUGACGGAGCCCUCUCGCACAAUCGUCAAGGUGCUCAAGGCCGCCAUCCCGCAGUACACACUCGGCCACUGGCGGAGGACAGAGACCAUCAACCAUUACCUGGAGCAAGAGGGGCUGCCACUGAGCCUAAUCGGGGCUUCCUACCAGGGCGUCUCUGUGAACGACUGUAUCUACAGCGCCAAGACAGCUGUCACCCGCCUCCUCGGCCAGGCCCACUGAUCUGCCCCAGGCACCUUCUGCUUGAACUAACUCUCGGGUUACCAUAUUUGAACUUUCAAGAAAGGACACUUGGUGUUGCGGUGGCUGCUCCACUUGCAGAGGAGGCUGGACUUGGGCACCAGCAAACUUAUCACUGCACACGCCAAGCUCUGGGAUCUGGCUGCUGCCUUGUUGCUGCCUCUCGUGGUGCAAGGAGGACUCCAGACUCCCACUUUUCUGACGAACCACCCCAAGACAUGCAGCAGUGCAGGCUCUAGCUGCUGGGCCAGGAGGAGAGGGGCAGGGAGGCUGCUAGCUAGGGCCUGUCCUAGGGCAUGAAGUUUAAGGCAUUGAGGGGAGAAGUGGCCUGGCCGGAAAAGUAACCCAGGAAUCCUUCUUCCCAGAAUCCCUUUCUCCUGCCUGCCUAAUUAGCCUCAGAGCUGAGACUAGAACACCCUCCCCCUCCCCCUCCCCCUGGUCUCCCCACACAGCCCCCCUGCUCAUCUGCAGAAAAGGAAAGGAACCAGAAGUUUUAAUGGCUCGUUCCCUACUCUAACCCAGUGCCAGGUACCCUCAGCCACCCCGCUCUAAUCUAAUGCACUUCUCCUGCAGAACGGGGGCCCUAAUCUAGGAGGGUCGAGGGUAACACUGCACCUCUGUGGACAGAACCAACCUGCCAACUCCCCUCUUCGUCCUCCCC